AUGCUUUGCUCCUCUCCUUCAUUCGUCCUCGCCAUCCGGGCCCUUCCGAUCGCCUUCUCCAUCCUCCUCCUUGUCGCAGUCAUUCUAAAUGGCUUCUCUCUCAAUGAUGAUCCUUACCGAUGCAAGGCCUUGCUGGGAGACGGCAUCCGAAAUGGCAGCUGGCUUCACCACCCCGAUAGCAAUGGUGACAGGAAACCAUUCACCAACUGGCAGCCCGACGGCUGUAUGCUGCACAAGUAUACCAGCGACGACAUUCGCCGAUGCAUGGAUGGCCGGUACAUGGUCUUUUCGGGAGACUCGACAACUCGGCAGGUGUAUUGGGGCAUGGCACGACUGAUCAAUCGCAAAAAGGCUGUAGAAGCGCGCGAACAUAUUGAGACGCAUGAAAGCCACGAAUUGACUUUGGAUGGGAUCCAGAUGAGGAUGGUUUUGAACCCGUGGUUCCUGACUGGUGAGCUCAAUCCAGAACUGACCCGUGAGCUCGAGCUCUUCACCAAAGAGAAGCAUCACCCACUACCCAUCAAAGAGCAACAGGGUCCCGCUAUCGUCAUGCUAGGCGCUGGCAGUUGGUACGCUCUCGUAUACACAGAAAAUCAGUCCUUCAACUACUUUCAGGAAGCUUUCGACAACAUCACCGACAUCCUACACCUCAAAGACCUGCCCCCGUUUGGCACCCGCUCAAUGGAUCCUCACGAUGGCGUUGGAAAUGAAGUAUUCAUUGCCCCUGUCGCACCUCCAUUCUAUGAAAGCCUACCCGAAUCACGAACGCGACCAGAAGGCAUCCACGAGGGCGAAGUCGAGGCCAUUGACCAGUACAUCUUGGACGCCGAAGCCCAACACAACCUCCGCCUCCUUCGCGCCUUUCCCGAGCUGUCGCGUAAUCAGCCUGGGGCUAUGGUCGACCUUUACGACACCGGCUUCCAUGUAAUUGACUCAGUAGCCGAAAUCAAGGCCAAUAUCCUGCUGAAUCUUCGCUGCAACGCGAAACUCGACAAGCUAUCCGGCUAUCCCUACGAUCGAACCUGCUGCAGCGACUAUGGUUCCCGAUCAUUCGCUCAGAUAGUUGUACUCGGACUCACUGGUUUUUACACCUUUGCAUGCAUUGUUUUCGAAAUCAUGGACAUUGUCAGCUUCGCAGAGAACCCCCGCAGGCCGUGGUUAAACAUGAAGAUCGGGGUAUUUCCAAUGGCUCUGCUCUACUGCUACGUUGCCGACCGAACGGACCUCUUUUCCAAGGGCAUGAAAGAGUUUGCCACAUUAGAAUUCGCCCUUCUUGUCGCCGUAUACGCAAUCGUCUUUGCCGCCACGAUCCGAAGGACCAGGCUGCGUGUUGUCGCUGCUGAUGCCACCAUCACUAAACCCAUCAAAGAGGAUGCCGGCAUUCUCUCGCGAGAUCAAACCGAGGAAUGGAAAGGAUGGAUGCAAGCCGCCAUUUUAAUCUAUCAUUGGACAGGUGCCUCCCGCAAUCUUCCUGUUUACAUGUUCAUUAGGUUACUCGUUGCAGCCUACCUCUUUCAGACUGGGUACGGCCACACCAUCUUUUUCCUAGCAAAGAAGGAUUUCUCGCCUCGCCGAAUCGCCAAUGUCCUACUCCGUCUAAACAUGCUCAGCUGUGCACUUCCAUACAUCAUGGACACCGACUACAUGUUUUACUAUUUUGCGCCGCUUGUAAGCUUCUGGUUCCUUGUCGUCUACGCGACAAUGGGUAUAGGUUCCAGAUAUAACGACAGUACAUACGCGGUCAUCAGCAAGAUUUGUGGCUCCCUUGUCCUCGUCACGGUUAUUCUCAAGUUCACUCCGGUCAUGGAAUGGGUAUUUGUGGCCCUCAAGACCAUCUUCCGGAUCAAGUGGGAUCUCCAUGAGUGGGAAUUCCGUAUCAACUUGGAUAGCUUCAUUGUCUACGUUGGCAUGCUUGCAGGCGUAGCGCACCAACGGAUGGAGCGAAACAGCACAUGGUUCACAAACUACAGAAACGCCAUCGCUCCUUCAUUGGCGAUCCUGAUGAUUUGUGCAGUUCCAUGUCUCAUUUUUUGCGAUGAGAAAAGAAAGUACACGAUGGUUCAUCCCUACUUAUCCUUUCUGCCUGUCCUCGCCUUCGUCGCCCUCCGAAAUGCGACGAGUCGCUUGCGAAACAUGUACUCUACCGCCGCAGCCUGGCUCGGCCGAUGCUCUCUGGAAACAUUCAUCCUCCAGUAUCACAUUUACCUCGCAGGCGACACCAAAGGUGUUCUCCUUUUCGGAUUCUUCAAGGGAGAUGGAAGUCUUUUAUCGGACCGCUGGCGGGACUUGGUCAUCAUCGUGCCUGUCUUUCUUUGGAUGAGCAACUUGGUUGCCGAUGCAUCGGGAGCUAUCGUUAAGCUGACGAUGCACAAGCAUGAAGAAAUCUCCUACGAUGAGGACGACGAGCUCAAGAUUAUCGAGCCUACAUGGGGCAACUACAUUCUACUUGAUGGUCACAGGCUAGGUCGACUUAAUCAAGUGCUUGGAACGGCGAUAAAGGUUGCCAGUGACCCUCGUCUGCGGAUAGCAUCCAUCGUUGCACUCAUGUGGCUACUAAACUGGCUGUAUUGA